AAGCAUAGAUAUAUAAAAAGCAAAUAAAAAUGGCAGGAGGAUCCGUGAUUAGCAAGUCAAUCUUUAUAGCUCUCUUCUUCUGCUUCCUUCUCAUCGCAUCCUUUGGUGUGGAAACUGCUGAAGCACAGAGAGGUGGUGGUGGUGGUGGCGGCGGCGGCGGCGGCGGUGGUGGCAAGGGCAAGUUAUGCGGAAAGCCGGCGAGAGGGUGGAGUGGAAAGUGCAGUAAGCCGAGGUGCAAUUCUUGGUGCAGGAGCAGGGAAAGGGCUGAGCGUGGAGACUGUAAAAGGACAUGCUAUUGCUACAAAAAAUGCUGAAGAACUAUAUAAAUCCUAUAUCUAUCUUGGCAUGGUGCAUAUAUAUUAUAUACCUAAAUAAGAUGCUGCAUAUAUAAGUGCUAUUAUAGUAGCUACUUACUGCGGCAGACACCAUUGCUAUCACUGUCGUCUAUCUAUGUGUGCUAUUGUUAUUCUGUUUAAUGUUAAACUUUUUUGUUUUUGGUGUGCA